CUUAUUAUAAUUUAAUUGAUAGCUUAAUGAAUAAUUUAGUGAGAAAUAAGCACAAACUUUUUGGCGAAAUGUCCAAAGUGCAGAGAAUCAAGUCAAAAGGAUUCGAGCUCAUGACAGAAUUUUCACCGAAAUAAGGAGGAUAUCAAGAUACUUUAUGAAAAGUAUGUCGAAGAGGCUAUGUAUCAAGACGUUGAUCCAGCCGCAGAGUUCAACGGAGAAGUGCCUCCUAUUCUUGAUAUCGACGAAUAUACUGAUAAAUUGGAUAAAUUUGAGAUCAAGGAAUUACUGAAAAUUGGACCAUACCUGAUUACCUUGAAUACCAAUAAGAUAGCCCAUGUUUACAAUCGCUAUGAGCAGAAAUUAGUAGGAAUUCUUAAUGCAGACUUGUUAUGGGACAUCAAGACCCUCAUGUAUAAUGCAGUCAGAAAGUCGAUCAUCGUUAUUUAUGUAAAGAGACAGCCAGAAGGGAGCACAUCAAUCAGAAGGAAAGCUAUCCAAUGAUGAGAAAUUAGUAUUGAAAAUUUUGGACACCUCUGUGACUCUAAGAAGUUCAAAGACAUUUUUACUAGCGAAGAGAUUCUAUACCCAGGAUAUAUAGAAUUUGAUGAGCCUACUUCGAUGGCUGUGACAAAGACUUCAGAACCUUCCUCCUUAAAGAUCUGGUCACUAAAAUAACUAUAAGUUGAUGUAUUCUCUCCCUCCUGAUGAGGCUACUUAUGCAUUUGAAGUGAGAUUUGCCAAAGGGUUAGUAAUCUUAAUCAAGAAGGUGAAUGAUGAGAGUGUUUCCUUUGAUGUUGUUGAUCCAUCAACUGGAAUUCUAUUAAAAUAGUUUUUCAGUAGUAUAUAAUCCAGAGCAUUCACUGUCAUGCAUUGAGUUCUUUGACCCUUUCAUAAUCUUCAAGCAAGAAGACUCUGAAGUGAGGCUAAUCGAUGUUGUCGAAGAUGCUGAAACAACUUGACCGAAUACACAAGAAUUUGAACCAGAAUCUUUUGUAUUUCUUCCAAAUUACCAGAUCAUGGCGAUGUACAAAGAUAAGAUAGAGAUCAGGAAGCAUUCGCUAGACCUAAUGAAGAGCAUUUCUGUUAGGAGAAUCAACUAUUUUUCAAACAAUAAUAACUCUGCUUGAAAUAUCUUUAUCGAUCAAGAGAACAACUUAGUGUUUAAUGUACAAAAGAAAGUAAUUUUAGCAAGGGAGCCAAGAAGACCAGAAAUGAGUAGGGAUAUUCUGGCUCCUCUAGAUGAAAAUACUUCGAGCAGAGUCUGUAGAAGAAUCAGGAAAGUUGCUAGCAAAUCUAGAGAGAGAAAGCCUCCAAAAGUAAGAGACGCUCAGCUUACAUAUCCUGCUGUCCUGACUAUUCAUGAUAUAUGUCCUCAAGAUGAAAAUAAGUGUAAUGAAGUUGACUGAGAGCUCUUUAUCAACUCAAAGAUGGAAGACAAGUUGAGCAUUGAAGAUAUAAAAGCGGAUAUAACUUGUAUCCACUUCGAUAAUAAUGAGAAAUCUUUGUACAUAGCUACUAAGAGAGGACAUGUUUAUAAAUUUCAGUAAAUUUUAGAUUCAAUCUUGAUAUCU